ACGUCACCACGCAGAGCGGCAUUGCCAUCUAGCGCGGGAAACGGCGACAGGACCCCAGGCUCCAACCGGGAGCAUGAAGGUGUAUUUCUGCGGCAGCAUCCGCGGCGGCAGAGAUGACGUCCGCGUUUACCGGAGGAUCGUCCAGAAGCUGCAGAGCUACGGAAGCGUGCUCACGGAGCACGUGAGCUUCACGGAAAUCAGCGAGAGAGAAGAAGCCAGUUGUGACGUCACUGAACUGUGCUGUGGUUGGACAGGAGAGGACGCCUCGUCAGCAGGAGACCGGUCCAUCCAUGACAGAGACGUGGACUGGUUGCGGCAGUGUGAUGUGGUAGUUGCCGAGGUAACCCAGCCGUCUCUGGGCGUCGGCUACGAGCUGGGUCGAGCUGUUGCUAUGGAGAAGAGAAUAUUCUGUCUAUUCAGACCGACGUCAGGACGCAAUCUUUCUGCCAUGAUUCGUGGUGCCGCUGAUGGCGACGUCUUCGUGGUGAAAGAUUACAUCGAAGACGAAGUGGAGAACGUUCUAGAGGAGUUCUUCAAACACCUAAAGAACGUUAAAUAAAAGUACACCUGAAAACAUC